AGUUGAGUUUGAGUCGCUCCUUUGGACAGACAAAGAGAAUCGCAGCUCCUCGAGACUCAGCCACAGCCUGAAGGGGACAAAGAAGUGGUGGAACAAAGAGUUGCGCCCCUCAUCAAAGUCCUGCACCGCCAAAAGUGCCUGCGAGAAUUUUGCACAGCCAGAAUUCGUGUGUUGAGUGCGUGACAUUGAAAAUAUUCAAAUUGCUGGCCAAAACAAGAGAUCAUCCAAUCCGUGGCGGCGAAAUUGUGUGCGCGGGAAGAUGUGCAGAAGUUUCAAUAGACCAAAUUAUUAGCAAUUGUGAACAAUUUUCUUCACUCAAGUCUUUUGUGGGUGAGACAGUUAAAAAAUUAACGAAUUAAUAGCCAAGUGAAUUGGUUGAUUUGAGUGGCAAGUGUGAAUGAAACUGAAAUUAUCAUGCAGAUGACGGACCUGUUCAGCAAGCAAUGCUGCCUUGGCACGAUAGGGUUGAUUUUGGCCGGUUUUGGCACACUCUUCGCCGUGUUUUGGCUGGACUUUCUAGACACACAAAUUACUAAUGAAUUGAAAUUAGCACCAAAUACUCGAACUUUCGAUACGUGGAAGUCUCCUCCAUUAGACAUGAGUAUAGAAAUCUACCUGUUCAAUUGGACAAACUACGAGGACUUUGGCAAUGCGUCCGUGAAGCCGAUUGUGGAGGAACUCGGACCGUAUGUCUUUCGAGAGAAGCCCGACAAAGUGGAUAUCGUGUGGCAUCCGGAAAAUUCAACAAUCAGCUUCGGGAAACUCAGUCUUUUCCACUUCGAUGCUGAGAGAAGUAGAGGAUCUCUCGAUGAUAUUAUCACCACUGUAAACAUUGUGGCUCUGUCCGCCGCGGAAACUGUUCGCUGGAAGAAUUAUGUUGAGCAGAAGAAGGUGUCCCUCGGCUUGAGUCUCUACAACGAGGAGGUUCACGUCACGAAGACCGCACGAGAGCUCCUGUUCGAUGGCUAUGAAGACGAUCUCAUCGAGAUGGCCAAGGAAAUGUCGGCUUUCUCCUCAGACAUCGUUGUACCUUUCGAUCGUGCCGGGUACUUCUACAUGCGCAACAAUUCUGCAAGUCUCAUGGGGCGCUACAAUAUGUUCACGGGAGCCGAUGACAUCUCCAAGAUAGGUACAAUUGGGAACUGGAACUAUGGCAGCAGGACAAGAUUCUUUGAAGGCAAUUGUGGCAUGAUCAAUGGCUCCGCUGGCGAAUUCUACCCACCGCAUCUGCAGAAGGAUCAGGUCUCAUUCUUCUCGCCUGACAUGUGCCGAACUCUGCCCUUCGACUUUGAGACCGAAUACGAAGUCGAGGGAGUUUUGGGCUACAAGUACAGCGGAGGCGCUCGAACCAUUGACAAUGGAACUCUGUUUCCUGAGAAUGAGUGCUUCUGCGCGGGCGAAUGCAUGCCAUCGGGCGUCCUGAACAUCUCCUCCUGCCGCUACGGAAGUCCAGUAUUCGUCUCAUUUCCUCACUUCUACGGCGCUGAUCCGUUCUACCUCGAUCAAGUUGAGGGCAUCAAUCCGUCCAAGGAGAAGCACGAGUUCUUCCUCACCAUUGAACCUACCAUGGGAAUCCCAUUGGAAGUUGCUGCCAGAUUCCAGCUCAAUCUCCUGAUUCGUCCAAGUUCAAACAUCGCUCUGUAUCAAGACGUUCCCACCGUGUUCUUCCCCGUCCUGUGGUUCCAACAGAAGGUAACAGUCAGUCCAGAGUUGGCCGCAGAUCUGCGCCAGGUGCUCUGUUUGCCAACCAUCGGAUACAUCUGCGCGGGCGUUGUGAUCAUCUUUGGGAUCCUGCUGAUCCUCUGGUUCCCACUGCUGAAGCUCAUCUGUCGAUCGGAGCGAUCGAGUGAGCGACAGAGGGAUGUGGAGAAGGAGAAGAGCGCUCCUGGACCAGAUGAGGCGGACAGUCCGCUGAUCUUCACGAAUGGCAUCAAAUCAGCCGAGAUCAAGUCUCAAGCGAGAUCUCACGCCAACAGGACCAGCGAGAAGGGAUCCUACAAUUGAAUCUGAACUUCUAUAAAUCACUGACUAAUUAGACUCAAUACCAAAGUGUCCAAUUAGCUUUAAAUGAUCACCUUAUACAGUCACAUCCUCCGUGGAGUGGAUCAAAUGUGCAGAUUUGAGAUAUAGUAUUUGGAGAUUAUUAUCUGAACGUAGUGGGAUCAAAAUAGCGAGAUUUCUAAUUGACAAAAGUGAUCCGAAAGGUGCCCUCCUUAUUAAUAUUACUACAUAAUAUUGAUGAAAGCCAUGAAAAGUGCCAAAAGACUCAAUAAAUUGACCAUUAGAUGUAAGAUUGCAUUCCAAUUGAUAAGUUUAGUUUUGUUAUGAUGUUGUAGAAGGCGUUCGGAAGAGAAAUAUAUAUGAAAAAAUCUUUUUAAGCAUAGAA